AUGGCCGUUGAGACCUCGAUCCCCUUCACUUCGAUGAAACCUGGUCAAAUUAUUCUUGCCGAGCUAUCGUGUGAUGCAGAUGUCGAUAAGGUCAUGGCUGAAACUGACAAUGACGAUAGUGUGGCUCAUGGCUCAGCCAUGAUGGCUGACUAA